GGAAAUGCGUGAAAUUCGUGCGCCGCAUUUCCACCAGAACAGACCAGAGUUUCGCGCCGUAGCCGAGUUUUUCACUCAGUCCCACCAGUCGCCGUCGCGUUACGUCACGAGAGCAGUUGUAGAACAUAUCGGCAAACGGUAAAUAUUGGAGGGAGUUUUUCUUGGCUUGAUUAACUGGUAAACUUCGAAGCAAACCCCCCACCCGCACUAAAUUUUCCUUGGCACCCACAACAACAAAAAAAAAAAAAAAAGAAAGGAAACGGACAAACACACAUGUGCUUGUGUUUUAUUUUUUCGGCAGCCCAAGUAGACGGCGCGUAGUUUUUCACUUUGACGGGAGUUUUCCUUUCGCCCAUCGCCACACACUCAUUUCUAAUUGUGAUUCGUAGGAAGUAAGUUCUCUAGUGCAAAAUAUAUUCAAAUAAAAUAGUAUAAUUCCAUGUCAAUAAAUCGGAACACAACAAUAAAUACACCACCAAAAAUAUCAAAAAGAAAAAAAUUAUAUAUAAUCAAGAGAAUAUCAACAUAAACCAACCAACGCACCCGUCGUCCCAUCGUCUUUGGUCUUCUUGUUCAACGUUCGUUAAAAUCCCGCAUCGAGAUAGAGCUAUACAUCUGUAAUAUGCAAGAUAUAUAGAUGAUACGUAAUAGCUUUCUGGAAUUGCCGCUGCAACUGUAAACUGUGUCCCCACGUAAGACGCAACGUAACGCAGCCUGAGAACAACGUAUCGUAACGGAACGGAACCAAUCGGAAGAAAUCUCUCCAGAGGACCCAACAACUAACGAUUUCGAGAAUCCGCCAGGCAGCACAUCAAACUGUAUACAUGCGUGCUACAACUAAAACAGUGAAAGCCAAUUUGAGAGUUCCAGCCGCCGCAUAAUCGCCAUCCGAACCGAUCAGAUCCGAUCCGAUUCGAUACGAUCCAACCUCCGAAACAAAAAGUCGCCAACAAAGCGGAGCCGCUCGAUCCAACGAACGGCAGCGAGUAGAAGUUUUUGGCCAGCGCGCACCCCCAAUCUCCAGCAACAGCCUCAAGAUUCUGCCCUUCGGAGCCCCCAACUUUCGUCUGGAGACGACACCCGCAGAGAUGCACAAAAUCGCGUCAGCGCCACCUCCAUCGGCAGCGCCCGGUGGAGGACUGGAGACGCCCCUGGCGGCGCCCAAAUACGGCACAUUAAUACCCAACCGCAUCUUUGUGGGCGGCAUCAGCGGCGAUACCACCGAAGCCGAUCUGACCCGCGUCUUCAGUGCCUACGGCACUGUGAAGAGCACCAAGAUCAUCGUGGAUCGGGCAGGCGUGAGCAAGGGCUACGGAUUCGUCACAUUCGAAACGGAGCAGGAGGCGCAAAGACUGCAAGCGGAUGGUGAGUGCGUGGUACUACGAGAUCGCAAACUAAACAUUGCACCGGCCAUCAAGAAGCAGCCGAAUCCUCUGCAAUCGAUUGUGGCCACGAACGGAGCUGUCUACUAUACCACCACGCCGCCGGCACCGAUUAGCAAUAUACCCAUGGAUCAGUUCGCAGCCGCUGUAUAUCCGCCAGUUACUGACUUUACAGCCGCUGGAGUGCCAGCCAUCUACCCACCUUCAGCCAUGCAAUAUCAGCCAUUCUAUCAGUACUACAGUGUGCCAAUGAAUGUACCCACCAUUUGGCCUCAGAAUUACCAAGGUUAAAUCCAAAAAAAGAAACAUAAAAUAAACAAAUUUUCGUAGUCGCCAAUUUUUCGUUGAGAGCUGCCCUGAAUAAUAAACCAUACCAACAACUAAAACUACAACUACAACUGCAACGAUAACUAGAACUACAACUAUCUGCGACAACAACAACAACAACAACAACUAUAACAACAACAACAACAACAACAACAACAACUAUAACAACAAUACCAUGCUAUAUGCUAUAUAUGCCCCUCAACUCUGAUCGAACUGCAGCAGCAGCCGCACUCUUAGUUUAUAAUUUUAGUUAAUUACGAUUAUGUUAAAAUGCCUAUGAUUUAAUUUAAUUUAUGCUAAGUUUGGAGCUUUAUUUUUGGCCACACACACUAAAAAUAUGUACAUGUAAUGUAAAUUAGUUGAAUGCCAUAGCGAGGGAAAUACUACAUUUUUUUUUUUUUAAUCUUCUAUUUCUUUCGAUUGAUUUUCCUUUUUUUUCGGUUUUGCUUGCUGUAAAUAGCAGAGAAUGAAUGUAAAUAGUAGUAGUCGGCACCAAUCACUUUUUGCUUAUAUAAAUAUAUAUAAAAAAUACCGAUAUAAAACCAUAUAAAUUCAAAUUCCUAGAUAUAUGAAGUUUUUCGCCAAUUUUUUCGAUUAUUUUGUAGGAAUUUAUCCAUGUUAACUUUGAGGAUGCAGCAACAGCAACAGCAACAAUAGUGAUGCUACUACUACUACUACAACAACAAAAAGCCACAACAACAACAACAACCACAGCAACAAAAGUAAACUAAAAAGCAUAAAUAGAAUUUAUAUAAACUCACACACACAAAAACGCACCACAGCUGCAAUUUCGGAAAUGUUUAGUCAAAGGAAAUCGUAAAUUGAAGGUAGAAGCUUUGGAAGGACACUCACCCACACAAGCACACCGGCACACACACACACACAUACGCAAGGAAACCAUUGCAAAAUGCUGUAAAGUAAGCUGCUUAUGUUAUUAGAGAUGUUGCGAUGUGCUAGUAUGGGUGAUGGGGAAUAACAUUUUGGUAGAGGAAACAUUUAUGAUGUGCAAUUAGCGGUGGAGCGGGGGGGAGGGGAUAUGGUAUUUGGGGGAGGGAGGGGGCUAUAACCAUAGGGAACGUUGACAAAACUGCAGUGUGUGUGUGUGUGUGGUAAGUCAGCAAGUGAAAGACAGAAAAAUAUAUAUGUAGAGGCAGACGGAGAGAACUUAAAACCAUAUUUAAACUAUACUAUAUAGGAAACAUUGUGCUAAAUACACACACAACUGGAUUAAACAGAGAAAGCAAAUGUGAAGAGAGCACACUCACUCUAAACAACACACACACACAUGCAUGCAGGACAACAGGACACACACUUAUAUAUAUAUUUAAAUAUACUAUAUAGGGAAUAACUAAGUAAAUUGCAUAACACACAUAUACUAUAUAUGGUAGCUAAGAAAGCAGGGCAGCGAUCGAAGAUUAAAGACAUAAUAUUAUGCAUAAAUUAAUUUAUAUACAUAUAUACAAUACAUAUAAAGCGUAAAGUAACUGUAACUCGUAACUGUAACUGUCCUACACAGACACAUACAGCAAUACAAAGCAAAAAGAUGAAUAAGCAAAGGAGACGACAAAGUCAAGCAGCAAAGCAAACACACAUACUAAAUCACAGAAUUACACACACACACACGCACACCACCCACGACUCCUGAGCAGAAAGUCAAGGAUAAUUUAUAAAAAUUUCCUUAACUCUCCGAUCAGAACUCGUUGAGAAGGAAAAACCUAACUUGUAAGCCAAGCAAAAGAAAACUGAACGAAAUUUUAGUCUAAACAAAAAUACUAAAAGGAGUAAAAAGUAAAAACAUAAAAUCUAGCCACAUAAGACAAGCAAAAAGUGAACUAAAUACAAAAAGAAAAAAAAAAACAAAAAUACAAUAAAGAUAUUCAAAAUAUGCUAGCUAAAAAAAAUGCGAAAAACAUACACAUAACUCCCGGCCAGUAUAUACGGGAGGCAUAUAUUAGAGUGACUAUUAAAGGAAAGCUAAACUCAAAGCUCUAGCGACAAGGAAAAUAGGUAAAACUCAAGCAAUACAUAGACACUCAUAGGUGUGUGUUACACAAGAAUAUAGUUAAAUAUAUACGAAAAGCAAGCAAACGUAAAAUAAUAUAAUAAAUUUAAUAAACUAAUGUAAUGUACAAGAAAAACCAAGCAAAGACGAACUCUGCGAAAAUGUUGAUUUAUCAUUUCUGUUUUUCUACACUCACUUAAGAUUCUGUUGUAUCUAUUGUUAUGAUGAUGGCAUCAAACUAAUCAAAAACACGAACGAGAAAAGCGAGAUGUGUUAACCAAAAUUAUUUAAAGUAAUACAAAACGCGAUGGCCAAACAUUUGCGGGGGCAGCCGGCGACCUGCGAGCGAAAUCCAUUCAAAAUUGGUGCAUAAUUUGGCUGAAAUGAAUACCUUAACGGAAAAUUCGAAAUAAAUAUUUACAUAUACGUAUAUGCCUUAUUGAACGAAACAAAAUUAUUUGCCCACUUAAUACUGUUAACGUAUUGUGACGAACGUAAUAAACCAACCCAGAGGUUUCAAAAAUACCUGCUAAAACAGAUGUCGCCGAGGUCGCCCCCACCCCCAUCAAAUUUGUGACUCGCUGCCUCCGCAAAUGGACUUCGCAGAGAAGUUGUUGACAAAUUUUUACUAAAUUGUUAAAUAGUUAAAUACAAAACAUUUUUAAAUCGAAUUGUAACAAUAAUUAGAAAUCACUCUUUGUU